GUCAGCUUAUAAUCGGGUUCGGAUCCCACAACUCCCCAUUGACAGGGGUUCGUCCGUUCCACCUAAAGUUUAGGCAAUGCAAGCUUUCUCGUCGACGGCGCGAUUGACUCAGGUCCAGCGGCAUUGUGGAUAGCAGACUGCACGUACAAAGCAACGCCGGACAGUAUUCGUACUUAAGUAGAUAUCGUGUUAUCCAAAGUUUUCCGCUUCAUCUCGAUCCAACAACACAUCUCAUCACUUGCUCCCAUAACGCCAUGUCCGCACAACCAGUGUCCUUGUGGUGCACCCUGCACCCUGCUGCAGGAAAAGAAGGCCAGUGUCGCCAAGUUCUUCUUGAUCUCGCUGCCAAGGUCCACGAGGUUGAGAGUAGCUGCCUGCGAUAUGAGGCGUUUGAAAAGGUUGAGAACGCGUCGGAGCCCAACAAGGUCGUGUUUCACCUCCUUGAGCAAUGGCCAAGCCAAGCAGAUUUGGAUAGGCACACCCAGAGAGACUGGCUAGUGGCUAUCAGACAAGGGUUCGACGAGGGUCUGCUGGCCAAAGACGAGCUGAUUGAAAAUGUGUCUAAGAUCGGAGGUUUCGCUAGCCGAUCGUAGUAUAAGAGUGCAUGUCCCCGGCUCACCUACACGGCCUUCUUCCA